AUGAUGAUUCCCUGCUAUAUCUUGCUGCUGCUGCUUCUAAAGCUAGCAGGCACCUGGGCUGCUCAAAAGGGAGAAUGCGAUGUGGCCUGGACUCCCGUGACUAAAGGAACAGAGCAGCCAGAGUCUAGAAAAGGAAACCUGUUGGCUGUACAAGAAAGAAAAGAUGCAAGGAGAGAUGGGCAUGCCCUGGGGGAACAAAUUCCCAACCUGAAGUGGAAGGAAGAAGCCCAAACAAUUGAGCCAAGACCGCCUGAGGAUCUUGUAGGGGAGCAGCCCCCCAAGAAGGACCCCCGAGUUAAAGAAGGUCCCCCCUGGCAGCAGGGCCCUUGUCCCAGCAAUGGUGGCCCUCAGCAGUGGUGCGGCAGCUGGAUGGUGAAAACCAGCUUGAUCUGUGCUUUGGGGCUGCUGGCCCUAGUGGGCAAUGGGACCAUCAUCACAGUCAUUGCCUCCUCUGUGUCCGGCUGGAGUCACAGCACCCGCCUGGUGCUGUUGUCCUUGGCUGCGGCCGAUACCGCCCUGGCAGUGCUGGUGGUGCCCCUCAACCUCUACCGUAGCUUGGUGGUGGGGCCGGUGGCAGAAGAAGGGGAGGCGUCGUCCUGCCGGGCGGUGGCCUUCAUCAACUGCUGCAUUUUUGGGGCUUCCCUCUACUCCUUGGCAGGUGUCUCCCUGGAGCGCUACGUGGCCAUUUUCUACCCUCUGCACUACAGGCGCCUGCUGAGCCACAAGAGGGUGGUCCUCCUCAUCACCGCUGCCUGGCUCCUGCCGGCCCUUCUGCUGGUGCCGCUGGCCGUGCCGGGCCCGGGAGCCAUGCUCCAAGUUCGCUUCUCGGCCUCAGCCCUGCUGUGUGAGCCAGACUAUGGCUCAAACACCACCUACUCCCUCUUCAUAGCGGGCACCAUUUUCUGCCCUGCUGCUGGGACCAUCACCUUUGCCAACCUGUGUCUGUGGCUGGCAGCCCGCUCCCAAUGCCGGCGUGGGAAAGGGGGCAGGGCCCUUCCAGGGAAAGAGGCAGGGCUGAAGAUGCGCUGUGUGCUGCAGUUGGAUGCUGCAGCCCGCAUCCUCCUGCCUGUCGUCAUCGCCUUCUAUGUCUGCUGGGUGCCCUGCAUCGUCACCAUGCUGUACAAUGCUGUCACCCACGAAAGAGUCCAUGGAUGGGUUGAGAUGGUGGCCUUGUGGCUCCCCAUAGGCAGUGGCUUCCUCAACUGCUUUGUCUACUUCUGGACCAACAGGAGCUUCCGGCACAAGUUCCAGAAGAUCGGGCAUAAGCUGUGCUGGCCCUGCUAUCAGGCCACAGAGGACCAAUGGUGGCAGCAGCAGCAACAGGAGCUCCCUACCGUCAGUGCAGCCGUGAGCAGCAUAACCUCCCGCUAA